GGCACGGUUGUACUCGCAUUGCAGGAGGUUUAGUCUGAGUGGAGGUCAGUGGAGAACAGGACAUUUUGAUCUCAUCUGUUGUGGUGCAGGACCUUCACAAGGUAGGAGAUCUACGUCAGAUGCUAUCAGUUCUUUAAAUUUGAAGACUCUGCUUUCUUGAGUAGACAUUUCGCUCCAUGCCUGACUGUAAUUCCAUUCUGAAUCACUUUAAUUCAAUCAGCUCCAUUGUCCAUUCCCACUUUUCUGUUAAAAAGUAAUUCAUCUUCUCUGGGUGCUCCUUCCUUCACUCUACCUGUUGUUCAAGAUGGGUAAGACUGACAUUGACUCAGUUGAGCUCACCUCUCCAACCGAAGUGCGCCAAGCAGUCCCUGUGGAGAUACUAUGUACUUCCUCCAGUGAUAUCAAGAAAAAACAAGAAUCUGAGGAUCGAGGCACAUGGAAAGGGCGAUUUGAUUUCCUGCUAUCUUGCGUAGGAUAUGCCAUUGGUCUGGGCAAUGUAUGGCGUUUCCCAUAUCUCUGUGGGAAAAAUGGAGGUGGUGCUUUCCUCAUCCCCUAUUUCCUGACAUUAGUGUUUGCCGGAAUGCCACUUUUUUUCCUGGAGACGUCACUUGGGCAGUUCACCUCUGUUGGGGGACUUGGAGUGUGGAAGCUGGCUCCAAUGUUUAAAGGAGUUGGGAUGGCUGCUGUUGUUCUCUCUUUCUGGCUUAACGUUUAUUAUAUUGUUAUCAUCGCUUGGGCUCUGUAUUAUCUCUUCAAUUCCUUCUCCUCGACCCUGCCUUGGCAAAGCUGUGACAACAGCUGGAAUACCGAAAGAUGCUUCUCCAACUAUUCUUUGAAUGAUACCACCAAUCUCACUAGUGCGGUAACAGAAUUCUGGGAACGUAAUAUGCAUCAAAUAACAGGUGGACUGGGAGAGCCUGGUACCAUUCGAUGGCCAUUGGCAUGUACCCUGGCAUUGUCUUGGAUCAUGGUUUAUUUUUCCAUCUGGAAAGGCGUAGAAUGGACAGGAAAGGUUGUGUAUUUCUCGGCAACAUAUCCCUACUUCAUGCUUGUGAUACUAUUUUUUCGGGGGAUUACUCUUCCUGGCGCAAUUGAUGGCAUUCGUUUCUAUAUCACUCCAGACUUCAGCAAAUUGUCAGAAUCUGAGGUGUGGAUGGAUGCUGCCACACAAAUCUUCUUUUCCUAUGGAUUGGGUCUUGGGUCACUGGUUGCUCUUGGAAGUUACAACUCUUUCCAUAACAACGUUUACAGGGACUCCAUUAUCGUAUGUGGAAUAAACUCAUUUACAAGCAUGUUUGCUGGAUUUGUAAUUUUCUCCAUUGUUGGAUUCAUGUCACAAAUUACCAAAAAACCCAUCCAGGAAUUGGCAGCAUCAGGUCCAGGGCUGGCAUUCUUGGCAUAUCCACAAGCAGUUACUCAACUACCCAUGUCUCCUGUCUGGUCUAUUCUCUUUUUCUCCAUGUUGGUGAUGCUGGGACUUGAUAGCCAGUUCUGCACUGUGGAAGGGUUUAUUACUGCGCUGGUGGACGAGUAUCCACAACUACUGAGGAGUCGGAAGAAAAUCUUCAUUGCGGCUGUCUGCUUCAUCUCAUUUAUAGUUGGCUUCUCCAACAUUACUCAGGGUGGCCUGUAUGUUUUCAAGCUGUUUGACUAUUACUCUGCCAGUGGGAUGUGUCUCUUGUUUCUGGUUUUCUUUGAGACUGUGUCCAUAUCAUGGUGUUAUGGUGUGGAUCGGUUUUAUCAGGACAUUGAAGAAAUGAUUGGCUACCAGCCGUGCUCAUGGUGGAAACUGUGCUGGGCUUAUUUCACCCCAUUUGUCUGUCUGAGUGUUUUUAUUUUUAGUGUGGUGGAGAUGACCCCCCUCACCCUUGGUAGAUAUGUGUAUCCAGCAUGGGGUCAGGGAAUAGGUUGGCUGAUGGCUCUCUCUUCUAUGGUAUUGAUCCCUGGGUACAUGCUGUAUUUAUUCCUCACCUCCUCUGGCAACAUGAGCCAGCGCCUGCGUGAAAUGACACAGCCACAGAUGGAAAAAAUAAUGCAGAAAAAUGGAUUACGCCCCCGACUCAGUCUGGAUAGCACCAUACGGGAAAUGUCCGGAAUUUGAUCUGCAACCUUUGUCCAAACAUUCCCUCAUUGUGUUAAGUUACUGCUUUUCCAUAAUACCUCCUUUUAUCUCAGCUGAGCAGCAGAUCAUGUAACAAUUAGAGAUGAGAAAAUCACUCCAGUUACUUUUAUAAAAUAUUUCAAAAUAAUCCUACAUCAACCUUUAAUUGCAAAACACUAUGGAAUAAGAUAAAACAAAGCAAGACACGUUGUAUUAGCCUUUUGCCAUGAAUUGGGUAGAAAUGUUUAUGAAAUCACGUGAUCUCUCUCAUUGAUCCUCUCACAUUGGUUAUUUGUGUAAAAAAUCCCCAAAUGAACCCCAAGAUUUGCCUAUCAAGCUAAGCCUGGUGAAGCUACCACAUCUAUAUGAACUUGUACAACGUUUUUUUUUUUCUUCUGUUCCCACAUAGCAUAGCAAACUCCUUCAAAGAGUCUUCCCGAGUGCCUUAUAACUCAUCCUGGAAGUAAAAGUGUAACAUUUUAUUAUGAUGUGAUAUUUGGUUUGAUUAAACUAAAUGCAAAACAUAGUAAACAUGAAUGUUAUUAUUUUAUACACUGUGGGCACUUGCACUGUCAUCUAUUAUAAAAUACGAGUUAUUGAUGUAAUGAGUAAUGUCACUCCCACUAAGUAAUGUAAUCCACUCUAUUCUUAUUGUGAUUUGAGACUUAGUUACAG